CAGCAAUCACCGCUCACUAGUACUCGAUAAGAUGAUGACCUAACGUUACGCGACCUAGCAUUACUCAAGUGACAAAAUGAUCAUGCCAAAUCAAGUUGUCAGAGAAGAUUUAAGGGCAAACUAUCAGAAAUUAAGGUAUCAAACAGCCAUUCGUUUCUUUAGCGAAGGGCGCCACCACGACAUCCUGCCCCAACAUGACGCAACCUCAACCAUGACGCAAUCAUCGCUCGCUGCUGAGUUCGUCCGUCGCGCGUCGCCGCCACUAGCUGUUCGCCGUCGUAAGAUGAGUGCGUCCGUGGCCCGCCGCCGUCACCACAUCGCUGCUACCGGAUACCCUAGUCCUGCGAUCCGUAGAAGUUGGGCCGUGGAGCUUUACUUGCAGAUGAAUUUCCAAGACCUGGUGACCGGCAUCGAAGCGCACUGGGCCGAGGACCGAAAUCCUGUGCUGCAACGUGGGAAGGGACAGACUAAACCUCUUGACCCAAUGCGCACCGAACUUCCUAGGACACACCAAACUACAAAAUUACAUUCAGGAAUACAGCCUGGAAUAGUGCAAAUGGGAAUGGCAGAGACCGACAGAAUGUUUCCCGGAGGUCUGAAAACGGAGCCGACUGAAAACUCAACCUCUGGAGUCCCAGAGUCAGCCUCGCCUCACUCUGGCUUGGGCUCGUUGCCCUCAACUCCCGCCUCCUCUUCCCCGGUGUUCUAUUACUCAGAUAUUUCACCUCUGGCUUCGUUUGACGCGUCGCUGUUCGAGCCGAGCGCGGCGUCCGAGGUCUCGUUCAAGAGUUCCCCAGUAUCUUCGGAUGAGUCUUCGUCUUACACUAUUUUUAUACCGGUUUCCCUUGCGUCGCCCUCAUCUCCGGGUGCCACGGCAGGUGCAAGCGGACAGGACUCUGCUGUUGGGCCUGCGCGACGCUUCCGCAGGGGCAACAGAAGGCGGACGCAGCCCUACAAACUGAACGACUCCUUUGUUUUUUGGGAAGAUGCAAAAGGAGAAGACGAGGAUACUCUUGACGCGGAAUGGGCACAAGACGACAACAAAGGACCAGCUCCUCCUGUAGAAGCCACAGCCUCCACGUCCGGACACGCCGGCAACAGCUCGCGCGACGAAGAUGUCGCUAUGAAGGAGAAAUACCUCAGGAUAAGGUCUCUCAACAAUGCGGCCUCAAAGCGGUGCAGGAAGAGGAAGUUGGAAAAAAUAAAAGUGAUGGAAAAUGAAGAAAAGGUCCUGGUGCAGAAGAAUCAGGAGAUGAAGAAGACGCUGAACAUGCUGCAGAAGUUGAAAGCCAAACUAAAUGUUGAAAUUGGAAAGAUUUUCAAGCAAGCAAUGUAAUGAAUGGAAAAAAAUGUUGUUUUGCAAACUUUUCUGAAAUACUUGUAUUUUAUUGUAAUAAAAAGAACAAAGCUCUUA